GCGAAGCAAUUUCAUAGGCUGCCUUACCAUCUCAAGGCAGUUAGAUGUGAUAAGGCAGAUUGGUGGGCAAUAUUAAAAACUACUCUGCCGCUUGCUUAUCCGCCUGCUAUACGGUCCCUAGCAUGUAACAAUACCAAGGUACCUCGCUGCUAAUGUCGGAUCCGUUGAGCAUCGCGAUGGCGGUAGCUGGGCUUCUUCAGCUAUCUGUCAAAGUCUAUACGUCAGUAUCGGGGUUCAUAACGAGAGUAAAAAAUGCACCACAGGCCGCGUACGAUCUCGCUACUACCUACCCUCUCUGAAAUGCGAUUCACCCUCACAUCAGUAUCGGAGCUAGUCGAUUCUUUCAUGGGGUUGUCUAUGAGGCGGCGGGCGAUGGUCCAACUAGAUCAUCUCAUUAUAUGUUUGACGCAAUCAGUAGUAACUUUUUCCGAACUCGAAAAGUUCGUUAGCAAUUCGCUCGGAAGAGUGGGCAUGUCGCGAUGGGACAAUUGGCUUUUUGCUAGCCGAGGGGAGAAGCUGGGGCGAUUCAAUACCAGGAUACAACAACAGAAGACAUGCAUCAGUCUGGUCUUGAACAUUCUGCAAUGCGAGUCCGAUAUCGACGCCCGGGAAUCCGGCGAUACCCUGCAGGGAAUGAUAGAAAAGCUUUUAGACGAAAAUAAGUUCCUACAGGACAAGAUAGAGCGGCUCGGUGGCAUCGUACGCGACACCGUUGAAUCUGUAAAGUAUUCUACCCGCAUCGAAAAUUCAAGUAACAUUUUUACUAUUACGGAAGGUGAAGAGAAUGAAACAUCGACUAUUAAAAGAACACCAUCCGUAUACACCACGAAAGUAUCGUCGAGUCCAACUAACGACGGAACUAUGGAAUUGGCUCAGGAUAUCCAGUCUUGCGCUAAGACCACCAUGAGGCCGUUCGAAGUCGACCUGGUUAAAUCUUUCGUCUAUUUAAGGGCACUAGGCGACGAAUGCGAUAUCUCCUUUACUACCGGCCAGCCGAAUAGCGCGCUUUGGAGUUUGCUCUCGGGGCUCAGCUUAAGCAGGGUAUCUAACAUAUCGGUCAUUGGACUGCCAGUCUCCGCACAGGAUAUCUGGAACAGUUCGUGGUAUAAAACAAACCUACCGCCCCGGCAGUUAAAGGUGGACACAUAUAAAAUCGCCGUCCUCGGGUAUAUUAAUGUUGGGAAGUCAGCAUUGACAAGGAGAUUUUGCUUCGACUUUUUCAAUGAUGGACUUGAAUCCAGUGUGAAAGACUCAGUUUCCCUACACACUGUGCUAGAUGGCACACCCAUCCGUAUUGACAUCGUUGACACUCCAGGGGUAGGCUUGGAUGAUUCUCGUGCUGACUACACAAUCAAGGCAGCCGAGGGCAUGAUUGUGGCAUACUCUACUAUAGAUUUUGGUUCCUUUUUUUCUGUUCGUCCCAUAGUAAAUCGAGCUACUAGCGCUAAAAGUGACCAGUGGAAUUCAGGGAUAGCAGCUGCUAUUGUCGGUACUAAGACGGAUCUAGCGGCCGCUCGUUCCGUUCCUCGAGCAUCGGGCGCUUCCGCAGCCAAAGAACUGAGUCUGCCAUAUUUCGAGUGCUCAGCAAAGACGGGCGAAAACGUACAAGAAGCAUUUCUCGAAGUAGCCAGGGACAUUAGGGACAGGCGAUCUAGGAGAAUUCAAGAGCUUGAAAAGUUGUAUUAUAGCACCCAAGGAGUGACCGGACUCCCCCUAGGAAAAAAGCCGAUUAGGGACUUAGACCUAGGUACCGCUAAAGAGCGUGUUGUAACAGACUCCCAACAUACCUAGGUACCUAGGUAGACAAUGAAAACCAAGAAAAAAAACAAAGUCGAAGACCAUCAUGUCUACACGUACGAUGUAAUUGUAGAGAAUAGAAAUCGCGAAAAUACCUAGG